AUGGCGAAUCUUCCCCCACGAAAACUUUGUGGUUCCACAACAUCUUCAAAACAAGAAAUUUCGCCCUUUCAAAUACUUGUGCAAAUGGGCUUCCCCAGAAACCGCGCAUUAAAAGCUUUAGCUGCUACGGGAAACCGAAGCGUACAGUUGGCGUCAGACUGGCUCCUUACGCAUGUAAAUGACACAUCACUUGAUAAGGAAGAACCCAGGGAGUACGUUUUGUAUGUCAGUCCCACUGGACAAUUACUUGAUCAGAUUCACGACUUCAGAGAAAAAUCAAAAUCAAUAUGUGGAUGGAAUGGCGCUCUAAAUUUUCCACCACAUAUCACCUUAGUUCCUUUUUUUAAAGCUCAGGAUGAAGAAUCAUUACAGCUAGCAAAAGCAGUAAAACAUACUGUUGAAAGUGUUGGAUGUCCACCUACUUCACCACUUAAGCUAGAAACUUAUAUUUCACCUAAUUUCAUUGGCAUGUUUAUCUCUGAUGAAUAUGCUGAAUAUUUCAAAAAUAUUUCUAUCCAAUAUGUAAAACAAACAUCCAAAAUUGGUGUGAUGACACUGGAUGACCAAAAAGCUUUUUCAGAGUUUAUUUUUUCGAUGGUUAAAGUUCCAAUAGCUUCUUAUAGUCUAUCUUCCAAUCUAGACACGCUUGGGAAAUCACUGCAUAUGACACUUGCGUAUCACUUCGACAUUACCGUAUAUGAAUCGCUUAAGGCGCUUGCCGGGGAACUGGAGCUCCCAGAACAGUCCAGUUGGGAGCUUCGGCUCUACUCGAGAGAUCCUCGCUUUGCUCAUCAUCAGGUAUACAAAGUGAUUCAAGGUUUUGUGCCGAAAGCGUGCGAUGAACUUGAACUUGUGAUCGGCGACUAUAUUUACAUAGAACAGUCGCAGUUUGACAGCUCGGCGGACGGCUGGGUGCACGGCAUUUCGUGGCUCACAGGUGUCUCCGGUUUCCUACCUGGAAUCUACGUGCAGAAAACGGCCGAAUCCGACGCGUGGACCCUACACCGCGCCGUUUCACUUGGAUCAAGUAACUACAUGGAGGGCAAAUCAUCGGACUCCGAGGGGAACGCGGAAGGUGAAAUGUCCAACUACCCACACGAGGACGCGUCGGCCCUCGGCCUCGAGAAGUCAGAAGAAACCUACAAGGAGUGGGAGAAGUACUGGCGCGAGGUCCAGAACGACCGAAGCGAGAGUAUUUUACGAAUAACCCAGGGGACCAGUAUUGAUUGGAAAGCCAGUACGGGCCGCGGAGUAGGUGAUUCAGAAAAUAGCACGGAGAGUCUUGAAUCGAGCCGCUCGGAGGGCCAGGGGAAUCGCAGGUGGAUCUUCGCCAUGCGGCACGGCGAAAGGGUGGACCUCACAUAUGGGCAGUGGGUGCCGUACUGCUUCGACGAGAACGACACCUACAUUAGGAAGGACCUGAACAUGCCCCUCAAGUUGGGCGAAAGGGCGGGCGGCUGCGCGUCGUACGCGCGGGACACGCCGCUGACGCGCGUGGGCCGGCUGCAGGCGUGGCUGGUGGGCGAGGGGCUGCGGCUGGCCGGCGUCAGGGUGGCGCACGUGUACGUCUCGGCGGCGCUGCGCUGCGUGGAGACCGCGCACAGCUUCCUCGAAGGUCUGCAGCCUGAUCCUUCCGUGAAAAUUAAAGUGGAACCGGGUUUAUUUGAAUUCAAGCAAUGGUACAUCCCUAGCGGCAUAGCGCCUUUCAUGACGCUGCGAGAGCUGCGUAAAGCUGGCUACAACGUGGACAUGAAAUACAAACCUUAUGUUGAAGUGGACACAGACACUUCAGAGACUAUAGAGCAAUGGUAUAAGAGAAACGAAAUUGUUAUGCACUCGGCCGUAAAAGACACAGCAGCUGAUGGAGGCAACAUAAUAUUUAUCGGGCACGCAGCAACGCUGGAUCUGAUGGUGCAUGCAAUGAAACGAUACGGCAAAAAACGCUCGGAGCCGGUUAACUAUGAAAUAAGCAAAAAUCUGCUACGGGUUCCGUACUGCGCACUCGGGGCAAUGCGAGACAACCCUUUGCAGGUGGUUUCGCCUCCUUGCCCGCCCUCUAUCAACUCUAGUUCUGGAAGGUUCGAUUGGAAAAUACUCUUGGAUGCG